GAGGCCAUGAAGAUGGUACCUAAAUUCUGCUUCCCUUUCGAUGUGGAAAGGGAGCCUCCCUGCCCGGCAGUCCAGCACUUCACUUUCGCCCUCACUGACCUCGCGGGCACCCGUCGAUUCGGCUUCUGUCGCCUUCGGCCGGGGGCUCAGAGCUGCCUCUGCAUUCUUAGCCACCGGCCCUGGUUUGAGGUGUUCUACAAGCUCCUGAACACAGUGGGGGACCUCCUGGCACAGGACCAAGCUCCCGAAGUUGAGGAACUCCUUCUCAACCUGCUGCAGAAACCACUGCCAGGACCCCAGUCCCCCGUGGGGCUCGAGCUGGGCAGAGGAGUAGCCAUUUCCAGCACCCACUGCAUCCUGCCUCCUGCCCCCGGGAACAGCAAACCGCUUUCCUGCUUUGUGGCCCCAGAUGCAGGCUGUCUGCCCUCCAUUCCUGAGAAUAGGAACCUCACAGAACUGGUGGUAGCGGUGAGGGAUGAGAACAUCGUGGGACUGUUCGCCGCGCUCCUCGCCGAAAGAAGGGUGCUGCUCACCGCCAACAAGCUGAGCACUCUGACAUCCUGCAUCCACGCUUCCUGUGCCCUCCUGUACCCCAUGCACUGGGAACAUGUGCUGAUCCCCACGCUGCCGCCCCACUUACUGGACUACUGCUGCGCACCCAUGCCCUACCUCAUCGGAGUACACACUAGUCUCGCCGAGAGAGUUCGGGACAAAGCCCUCGAGGAUGUGGUUAUCAUGAAUGUGGACUCGAAUACUCUGGACACGCCAUUUGACGACAUGCGUUCGCUACCUCCAGACGUGGUGUCUCUACUGCGGCUGCAGCUAAGGAAGUUGGCCCUGGUCCCUGGGGAUGGGGUCUCCCGGCUGUUCCUCAAAGUCCAGGCGCUGCUCUUCGGAGGGUAUCGUGAUGCCCUGGUCUGCAGUCCGGGCCAGCCUGUGGUCUUCAAUGAAGACGCCUUCUUGGCCCAGAAACCGGGAUCAUCCCUGCAGGCUUUUCAUCAACGGGCGGUGCACCUGCAGCUCUUCAAACAGUUCAUUGAAAACCGCUUGGAGAAGCUGAAUACAGGGGAGGGAUUCUCAGACCUCUUUGAGCAGGAAAUUACUUCCAACGGGACUUCCUCAGGAAUCUUGCGCUCCUAUCAGCUCUGGGCAGAAAGCGUAAAGAAAGGUGGGGGUGCCCUCCUGCAUUCGGUCAAGAACAAGACCCAACCAGCUGUAAGGAACAUGUACCGCACGGCCAAGAGUGGCUUGAAGGGUGUGCAGAAUCUUCUCACAUACAAGGAGGGUGUCUCGUGCAUGCAAAGAGGGGGCUCCCUGAGGCUCGCCAAUCCCACCAGCCGUUCAGAUCGUCUGCAACAGCGCCUGCCUAUCACCCAGCAUUUUGGACAGAAUCGGCCACUGCGUCCCAGUAGGAAAACCCGGGGGGAAGAGGGACCAGCUGGAUCCCUGGAGGAAGAAGGGACACCCCAUCUGACACCUGAGGACACCCAGGACCCCGAGGCAGAUGACACCCUAGAUGGCAGCUUCCUGGGAUCAGGGGAGGAGCUGGACUUACUGAGUGAGAUUCUUGACAGCCUCAGCACCAGUGCAACCAAGACAGGUGGACUGCGGUACAGCCAGAGCUUGGACGACUGUCACCUGGGGGCUCUGGCCAGCUGCUCCAGCUUGGGAUGA